GGAAGAAUCUCCUUUUCUCUUUCACUUAUUUCCUCUUUCAUCUACUUAUGCAUACUCAUUUUCUUCACUCAAUUUUUUAACUCUUUUUUUUUUCUUGGAUAAUGGCACUGACCCUUCUUCAUUCUCCCCUUAAUUAUCACAUAAAAAUUUUCCAAAUUUCAAGAUUCAAUCAAAAAACCCCAUUUCCCACUGCUUAAACAAACCCCACAUAGUUUUUUUGUUUUCACAAUUCUUGCACCUUAGAGAACUUAAGGGUUGAAAGUAAAAUAAAUAUGGAAGUUGGAAGGGUUAUUAAUGAAAAACUUUCUCAUUGUCUCUGGAUGUCCAAUUCUUCCCCAUCUUUUCAUGGUUCUGUAUCAAUGGUUAAUUUCGAAGAUGUUGGUCGAGGAGAAGUGUCUAAAGAGAGGUCAUUUUUCCCAGGAAUUGACAAAGAAGAAACUAGCAAUGAUGAUUAUGAUAGCUGUUAUCAUCAGCCAGAGAAGAAGAGAAGACUUUUGCCUAAUCAAGUUCAGUUUCUUGAGAAGAGUUUUGAGGUAGAUAACAAGCUUGAACCAGAGAGGAAAGUUCAAUUGGCUAAUGAACUUGGCUUGCAGCCUAGACAAAUUGCUAUUUGGUUUCAAAAUAGGCGCGCUCGAUACAAAACUAAAGUACUUGAGAAGGAUUAUGAUGCUUUGAAAGCUAGCUUUGAUAAGCUUAAAGCUGAUUAUGACACCCUUUUCAAAGAGAACGAGGAUUUGAGAAAUGAGGUCCAUUUGCUUACACAAAAAUUGCAUAUAAGGGAGAAAGGAAAGGAAAACUCAGAGCAAAGUGAACCAAUUAGUCCAAUAGACACACAAGAGGCUCAAAAAGCAACAACUCCAAUUGUUGUUACCUCAAAUGUACCAAAGUUAAUGUGCAAACAAGAAGAUGCAACAUCAGCAAAAAGUGAUGUUAUUGAUUCAGAUAGCCCACAUUACACUGAUGGGAAUCAUUCAUCAAAUGUAUUUGAACAAGAGCCAUCUGAUUUUUCUCGAGAUGAAGAUGACAACCUAAGCAAGAACUUUCUAUAUUUCCCCGAAAUCGGAGAUCAAAUUCAAGCGAAUUCAUGCAAUUUGAGUUUCCAAAUUGAAGAUCAACCUUGUUGGUUCUGGCAAUAUUGAGUUGUUAGGUUACAAGAUUUGGCUCGAUCCUACUUUAGAUCAGUAUAAAUCCCACAAGUGGAGUCUGAAGAUAAUUAUAUGUACGCACGUACACAAGCAAGCGCACAGUCUUGUCUCUAUCCUGUAUAGGUAGAGAAACUAUUUCUGAUAGAUCUCGUACGACUCUAGUUGUCCAAACUCCAAAGGCAUUUGCUAAGUUUCUUUGAACAAUAAUAUGUUGUACAUAGGAUUACUAAGUACUACUAGUUUGACUAUAUGAGGUGUCUUUUAGACUCUUUUAUUAGCUUUGUUCCCAAAAAAAAAGUUGUGAUUGGCCUUUUUAUUUUUACUUUAGCUUAAAAACAAAUUGUACUAUUGCCUUUU